AUGGAGAUCAAACCCAGACAGCAGAAUUCUUGCAUGGCCGUCUCAAACAGGCCUUCCCUAUCCACCAACAAGAAUUCGCAGGCAAUAGCGAAAACGAAGCCCAAGAUACGCAUAAUUCACAUAUUUGCACCGGAGAUCAUCAAGACCGAUGUUGGCAACUUCCGAGAACUUGUGCAGAGGUUAACCGGAAAACCAUCUGCUGAAAAACGUGGUCAGAAGAUGCCAGCAGCGGCAGCACAUCAAGACGCAACGAGAUCGAAUGCCGGCGGCCUCACCUCCGACAAGCCUAUUAAAGUGGGCAGUAAGGGGCUGCACGACGAUUAUCAGUCAACCGUAGGGGAGAGACUGGUGAUGAAGGAGGAAGAAGAAGAAGAACAAGUUGGGGUUUGCAGGGAAGAAGCGUCUACAGGCGGCUACCUGGGUGGGUUUUCAGAUUUGGAAGGCUUUGUUUCUGAGUUUGCUCAAAUUCCCUUGCUUCCUCUGGAUGAUACUCACAUUCAUCAAGCCUAUGAACAACUUCAACUUUAA